AUGACGCCUAGCAUAUCGGAUAUUGAUGCCCGACCAUGGGUGCUUGACGGGGGCCAUGAAGUACACCCAUGGCCGCCAGAGGCGAGGCCGAUACCUGCACAUCUUGAUACGUUGCCUUCCGAGGUCCUAUUGCAGAUUUUGGACCACCUGGAUGUUUGUGAUCUAAUGUCUACGUCACGGGCCAACCACCACCUCCGAGCUCUGUCAUUAAGCCCGAUUUUGCACUACUAUCGGCUCCAACGAACAAGACUAAUCCUUCCUCCUCUACUGACUCCCCCACACCGUCCACGCCUUUCUGAUCUCAUCGAUAAAUCCAUCUUUGUCACGCCAACAUCGGUGAUUUCCAAGCGUCUUGCACGCUCUCUUGUAUCGAUCCGACUCUCUAGACGCCUCGCCUCUCGGCCAUCUCCAGUAACUCUGGUUCAGCGUGCCGUACUGCCUCCAGAAUGCGUACCCGGCAUGACUACUGUCCAUGUCACCCCUGCUCUUGUAGCUACACGACGGAGCAUCGAGAAAGAGAGAGUCAAAGACGGCCUCCGACGAUGGAUCGCAUCCAAGUGGAAAGGUCAAGUUCAGCAGAGGGAAGAAAAUGCCAAGCAGCACGAUGAGCUCCGUGGAGUAGGCAGAGUCUGGAAGCUCACCAGGUUUUGGGAGAGUGUGAGCAAAGGCGAAAGAAUGCCGGCGUGA